GAUUCUGAAUGGCUCAGAAAGAGAUAAUGGAGCAGCAGGACAUAAGGAAGCUUGAUGUAACUAAGUUACAUCCGCUUUCUCCCGAAGUUAUAUCCAGGCAGCCUACAAUCAACAUUGGCCUCAUUGGCCAUGUAGCACAUGGAAAAACAACCCUUGUCAGAGCAAUCUCUGGUAUCCAGACUACUCGAUUCAAAUGUGAACUGGAGCGUAACAUAACUGUGAAACUUGGGUAUGCAAAUGCAAAAAUUUACAAAUGUGAGGAUGAAAGUUGUCCGCAACCUUUAUGCUACAUGUCAUAUGGAAGUGGUAAAGAAGAUAAUCCUCCAUGCGAUGUUCCUGGAUUCAGAAACUGCAAGAUGAAACUGCUUAGACACAUUUCUUUUGUAGAUUGCCCGGGGCAUGAGAUACUGAUGACUAGAAUGCUGAGCGGAGCAACAGUUAUGGAUGCAGCUUUUCUUCUCAUAGCUGCCAAUGAAAGUUGUCCUCAACCCCAAACUAUAGAGCAUUUGUCUGCUGUUGACAUCUUGAAGCUUCAAAACCUAAUAGUUCUUCAGAACAAAGUUGACACUAUACAGGAGCAUCAAGCUAGAAAACAGUAUAAGGCAAUCCGGGAAUUUCUGAAGGGAACAGUAGCACACGAUGCACCAGUUGUACCUGUUUCCUCACAGCUUAAUUACAACAUUGAUGCUGUUUGUGAAUAUAUUACAAAGAUUCCUAUCCCUAAGAGAGACUUUGUAUCACCUCCUCAUAUGGUUGUGGUUCGAUCUUUCGAUGUGAAUAAGCCUGGUUGUGGGAUUAAUGACAUGAAAGGUGGUGUUGUAGGUGGAACUAUCACUAAGGGUGUUCUAAAGGUAAAUCAGAUUGUUGAGCUUCGUCCAGGAAUCAUUGAAAAAAAUGCAGAUGGAAAAACCGUCUGUAAACCAAUAUAUUCCAGAAUUAUGUCAUUAUUUGCGGAGCAAAAUAAGCUUCAGUUUGCUGUGCCAGGAGGCCUUAUUGGGGUUGGCACGUCAAUGGAUCCUGCCCUAUCACGUAGUGAUAUGCUAGUUGGUCAAGUCCUUGGCGACGUCGGUACACUCCCUGAAGUGUACAUCAAACUUAAAAUCAGGAAAAUUAAACUGCUGCGCCGGCUUGUAGGGGUUGAGAAAAAUGACUUUGGAAAGCAGGUGUCAAAUCUGUUGAAGGGUGAGGUUCUAAUGCUGAAUAUCUUGUCCAUGACAAUUGGGGUUCAAAUCAUUACAGUUAGAAAGAACAGUGCAACGUUGCAACUAACUGCACCCGUAUGCACUGCCGUAGCAGAGAAGGUGGUGCUCAGCCGUCGAGUUGGUGGCCACUGGCGUCUCAUUGGGUGGGGUGAGAUUGAAGACGGAGUGGCACUAGAUGUGCAAACUAUACCUGCAGAGAUGUUCUCUUAGCAAGGAGAUUCUGGCAUUGAUAAUAAUAUUGAUUUACAGUGUGAACUAGUUCUUUUGUUUUUCGUGCUCCCUUUUAGCUUAUGAAUUGCUUGCAACUGAUGGAUGUUUCUUUUUAGUUUUUGAUCCUAUGGAAUAGUAUUUUUCUUUUCAGC